UACAGCUUUGUGAGGCAGAAAAACUUCCUGAAUGAGACACAAACCACAACAAGACGGGAGCGAAUAGCCCGUCGGAGCUCAUAACUGAAGCACUUGUCAGCUAUUGUUAUUUAACUUUUAUAUUCCCGCUGUUUUAUCAUUAAAUAGUUAGGUAGAGCUCGGGCGCUGGUCAGCUCAGGACAGAUUUGAUCACCUGCUGUAAAGUGCUAAUCUUAUGUUAGCGCAUUAACGCUACCUGUAGUCAACACUACCCAGCUCCUGGUCACUGGCUGGUCGCUGCUCUUCUCUUCAUUGGCAGCAGUAACAUCGUCAGGUCCUCCUCUGCUCCCAUUCUGUCAGUCUCCGUAAGUGAUUGAAUGCGGUGAAACUGGCAUCAGUGGACGAGCACACACACAAAGAGCCACUGAUUGGUCAAGGAUGACCAUGGAAGACAUGAAGAAUGAAGCUGACGUUGCCUUAACAGGCUCUAUGGCUCUCUACAAUGUGAUGUAUCCUGUCUUUAACCAGUUGGAGAAAGUCAACUUAUCAGCAGCGCAGACCUUGAGAACAGCGUUCGAAAAGGCAGAGAAGGAGAACCCGGGUCUGACUCAGGACAUUAUUAUGAAAAUACUGGAGAAGAAGAACUUAAAAGUCAACUAUAACGAGGCUCUACUUCGCAUGGCCGCAGACGAUGUGGAAGAGUUCAUGAUUGACAGGCGAGAGCCAGAGUUCCAGGAGCUGAACGAGCGGGCCCGAGCUCUGAAACACAUCCUCAGCACCAUACCAGAUGAGAUCAAUGACAGAGUAGGCUUCCUACAGACCAUCAAAGACAUUGCCAGUGCCAUCAAGGAGCUGCUAGACACGGUUAAUGCCGUCUUCAGGAAAUACCAGUAUAAAUAUCAGAAUAGACGGGCACUGGAAAAGCAGAAGAAAGAGUUUGUGAAAUACUCGAAGAGCUUCAGUGACACUCUCAAAACCUACUUCAAAGACGGAAA